AUGUCCAGCGUCCCACCGAUCACAACAUCGGAAGCAGCAAGUACCGACCCAGAUGUACCCGUGGAUACGUUUGUGCUGCGCCCCAACCACCAACCGCCAUCUAUUCUCGAUACUGUAUUUGUCAGCAAGCGUUCCAAGCGAGCAGUGUAUGCUACCACUACAGACGCUAAUCACAAAACAUGCCUCUGGAAGGUUAGACGAGAUGGACAGCUUGAACUCGUCGCAAGUAUUGGUUGGGAGUGUUCAGUCCAAACCAGUAAUGCCAUUGGCCAAGACUCGCUCGGGAAUAUGAGCAGCCAGGUAAAGAAUGUAGUGAUGGUCAAUUAUGGUGGACGAGCAAUGCAAGCGGGCGAAUUUCUGCGCAAGGGAACAGGGUGGUUACAUUCUAACUCAAAGGCGUUCAGUGUCGACAAGAUCGAGUACAAAUGGAAGUCGGGUAACGGGAUUGUAAAUACCCACGAUGGGGUAGAUUCACACCACCAAUCUCUGUUCUGCAACGAUAUGUGGAAGAUUUGGCGAUGUGUCGUUGCGAGCCCUGGCAUCUCCAAUGCCCACCCGCACCCAAGAAUGGCGAGAGUGAAUAGUGGCAUAGGGGAUCAUGCAAUGUCACGAGCACUCACAGAUGAGUCUAUUUGCAACGAAAGAUGUGCAGAGCCACCGCGGAAUAUGGGCGAUCCUCCCUUGUCGACUGGAUAUCCAUCACCUCUAGCUAAUCUUUCGCUUUCCAGUCCGCUUACGCGAUCUACGGCUGAUUCGGGUACAAAAAUCGGGCCGAAUCCAUAUCGAAAAUCUUCAGAAUCAUUUGGAGCUCCCAUUCCGCCAUCCACCUCAAAAGCUCGCGGCAUGAUCUCCCUUCUAUUUUUUCCUGCUCCCUCGACCCUCCUCGCUCGGUUCGUACCCCCUCAAGUUGGGCUUAUUCACCAUGAACUGGCACUCUUCUCGCCUCUCUACGCCUCCAUUCCCGUUCCCUCGUCGAGUCCGUACGCAUCUAGAGGGGAUAUCGAGAGUAACACUAAGCUCCUCGAGAAUUUGCUUGUCAGCGCUAUACUUCUAGUGACGGGCAAAGGAGAGUGGAGACAGGUCAAGAGUUUGGCUGAUCCCGACGCUCUACAAGCGGUGUUUAUGGCCGAAGCCCGAGGCGAUCUUCCACCAUAUACGUCAAGAGUAGGGAGAAUCCGACCGCCUCAUAUGGCGUUUAGAUCAGACGCAUCACGGAUGAACAGGUCGAGGGAACCUGAAUCAGUGCAAAGACCACGGACAACAUGA